CCCCACACCGCCAUCUUCAUAAUAUCGGUGUGCGAUUCCGUGUGUACGAGAUUCCUAUUCACAAUAUGACUACGCACGAGGACUGAAAAUGUGAAUUAUGGACGGCACUGAAAAUAUAUGAAACAGUUGAGGAACUGUUGCAACGUGCCCCGUGACCUGAAAGGCAGUUGUGACAAUCGAGCCUUUCAAAAAAAUUCAUAGACACGACUCGUAUAUUAGGCUUAGGUGCUUCGUAUUGCGCUUGUAUCCCAACAUUAAAAGGAGGCGUACGAAAAUUUUCGGCCGCGAUGAUAAUCGAGAACUCAGACGCGCUGAAAAGCUGGCUUACGGGCUGCCUAGAACACAUGUGCGAUGCUGACCCAGCUGCGCUUGCAAAGUAUGUCAUGGCGCUGGUGAAAAAGGACAAAAACGAGAAGGAGCUCAAAGAGAUCUGCUUAGAUCAGCUUGAUGUCUUCCUCCAAAAAGAAACCAAGCCGUUUGUGGACAUGCUGUUCGAGACCUUGUCGAACAAGUCGUACCUCCAAGGGAAGCCUUAUGUGCCGGUCGUAGGUGCAGCGGCACCCUUACCCGGUGCCAUGCCCAGCUCUCCUCAACAGCCACCACUGCCUCCACUGCUGCCCCAGCCCUCCUCGGUUGCGCUGGUGCAGCAGUCCAGCGUGGUGCCAUCCGUGCCUCCCCCUGUGCUGCUGGCAGUGCCAGCGCACAAGGAAGGUGCUGGGGGGCUCGGUGCUGUGGGGCUGGCCCCCGCCCCACUGCCGCGGGUUGCUGCGGAGGCCUCUUCCCUGCCCACUUCAGCUGCACUGGGUGGCAGCAAACCCAUGGCGACGGUGGCAACCGCUGCCCCCGCUGCUGCCAUACCUGUGGCGGGCGCCACUGUUGUACCUGCCCGCAAGGACGAGGUACUUCCAGUAGAAGAGGACAAGGAACAAGCCAGAAGCAGCCACCGAAAGUCAAAGAGCCGGUCACGAAGCCCCGUAGGAGGCAGGAGCCGGAAUCGGAGUCGAGAGGACGAACGCCGGUCCGGACGACGCUUCUCGGACGACCGAAGACGUCGUGCAACGGAAAGGAGGCGGCACGAUGCCGGCAGCCGACAUCGGGGAGACACCGCACGCAGCCGUUGGGCAGGUGAUGACCGCACAGCUCGGUCAGCAGGCACGCGGGAUCGUUCGCACAGUGGCCGUCGAUCUCGGUCACCCUCCCGGUCACGAUCACGAUCUCCUAGAUCACGCAAUCGUUCGAGAGAUGGAGGCCAACGUUCGGAGGUGCGGAGCUCAGGGACACACAGCUCGACGACCAAUUCCUCCACGUCGGAGUCCCGUGCCCCUGACACCCCACAUGGCGACACUGACUACAGACCAGGACAGCCCCCACCCACCACAUCAACAACAAUUUCAUCAGAUGCCGGUCAGAGUUCUACCACUUUUCAUACAAAGGCCUCCAAGCGAUGCAGAGAUUACGAUGAGCGUGGGUACUGCAUGCGUGGCGACUACUGCCCCUUUGACCAUGGCAACGACCCCCUCAUUGUGGAGGACGUGUCAGUACUGCGCUUUGGCCUGUCAGGGCCACCCCCGCCCCCGCCACCCAACUCUGCCUUGCCCCCUCAGCCAGCACUGCCCCAAGGUGUGCCCUCUCUAGCCCAACUGCAGCAGGUUCUGCCACCCAUGGUGGGCAGCGGCCAGGAGUCCCUGCCGUCAGCCGCAGCAGCAGCCGUCGCCGCAGCCGCAGCCGAGCCGUACAACCCAGAAGCCCCAGGCAUGGAGCGUCCCCUGAGAGUGGGUCCGCCCCCUUUUUGGGGUCCACCACCAGUCUUCCACACGGCAAGGGCCCCCCACAGGGAGCUGAUCGGAGUGCCAACUGUGCCUCCUUCACAAGCCGACCUGAGCCAACCUCCUCCACCACCUCCGCCUGGGCGCUCUGUUCUCGGUCCGCCAUUGGGUCCUCCACCUCCGGGCCUUGCACCCACUGACGAAGGGGGCACGCUGUCUGCUGCCCCUCCCCCUCCUCUGCCCCAGGGUCCACUGCAACCCAUGCGAGGACCCCCACCACCACCGCCUCACCAUCAUCACCCUCAUCACCCUGGGGGCCCACAGGGUGGACCACGCUAUGGAAGGGGGGGAGUACAUGGCAGUGGUGGGCGAGGUCGCAUGGACUACGGCCGUGGUGGCAUGAACAGGGCAGCCAACCACUACGACCGGUGCGAGCUUGAAGUGCGCAAGGUGCCACGAGCUCUCAACACAAUCACCCAACUGAACAACCACUUCUCGCGCUUUGGAAACAUAGUCAACCUUCAGGUAUGCUAUGACGGAGAUCCCGAGGCAGCCCUGAUUCGUUUCUCCAACCAUGCCGAAGCCAACGCUGCGUAUCGGUGUACAGAGGCAGUGCUGAACAACCGUUUCAUCAAGGUCUUCUGGCACAACAAGGACCGGAAUGCAGCGCCCACUGCGAAUGGCAGCGGAUCUGUGCCGGACACUUCCGGUGCUAGUGCUGCUUCUGCCGGAAAUGCCAACGUGGCUAACCAGCCAACUAACGGUGCCACAGCUGCCACUGGCACGACAGAGGCACAGCCCACCAAGAACAUCAAGGAUCGGCUAGGUGCACCCCCUGUCGAAAAGUCUGCUGUGUUCAACCCUAUCGCCGGAAACCUGUCACGCACGGUGUUUAACCCUGCUGCGCUGAAGAAGAACAAUGUUAUCAACACUGGCCUGCCUAAACGCACGAAAGAGGAGCAGAAGACGGAGGUAAUCAAGAAAAAAGUAGAAGUACAAAGCCAAAGGCAAAAGCUUUUAGAAAAGCAUCUUCAACAGUACAAGCUUUUGCUUGAAAAGCUAGGAAAGUGCAAGACGGAAAAAGAACGGGAAGAAAUUAAACAGACGAUAGCGACCCUACAGCCGGUGAUUGAGAAACUGCAGGUCGACUUCAAGAAGGUUACCAAUGAGCUCAUCUCCAGUAGGGCACCCAAGGCGGAACUGACAACAUCUGCGGUGGCAGGGCUCAAAGCAGAUGUUCCACAUGGUCCAGUCGGGAGAACGCAAGCUGAGAAGGAGCUCCUUGAUGCCGAAAUGGACCUUUACAACAAAAUGCAUCGCGGUGACGACACAACGGCAUUGCGGAAGCGAGUUCAAGAACUCAGGCAACAAGCUCGUGCCCUGGGUCUCCUUGGUGGCCAGUGGAAGGGAAGCAGCAGAGGGGGUCCCCCGGGUCGCCGGGGGGCACUCAGAGGAGGAGGUCGUGGAGGUGGCAUCGCCCUGCGCAGAAGCCUCAAUGUCAUCGACCACCGGCCACGCAAGGUGUUUGUCCAGGGCAUGGACGAAGGAGACAAGGAGAACCUGCAGGCGCACUUUGCUCAAUUUGGCGAGGUGGAAGGCGUCGAACUUCUCAAUUCCGGUCUUGUAAUUACAUUCAAGACACGGAAGGAUGCUGAGCUGGGUGUGUCUCAAGGGUCCGAGUUCAAGAACAGGCCAUUGCAGUGGGCAUGGUUCAAAGAACCGUCACGGACAACUUCUACGAGCGAUUCUGCGUCAGCAUCCAACCUGGCUCAGGAUGACUUGGCAGGAGAUGAUGAGUCGAACCUGGCCUUGGAGGAAGACCUUCUUCUUGUGGAUGAUGAAGAGGAGGAAGACAGCGAAGCGCGCUCCUGGCGACGAUGAUGGCCUCACCUUCACCUGUCAUCUUUCUUCUUUUUAUUAUUAUUUUUUUUCUAUCGUGACGCUUAUUGUCAAUUUUCUUGCGCGCUCCAUUUAUAAUGUAUUCCUGUACAUAUUGUGGCCUGUUGCCUGAUGUCACCUUUUUUUUUUAUUAUUACAACCUUGUGCAUAAAAGAAAUGUUGUACUACACCCAGUCAUGCCACAACACAACAUGGUGAAUGCAGAGCUUCGUUUUUUUUUUUUUCAUUUUUCUUUCGUGGACUCUUAUAUUCUCCCGUUUGUAGUUGAUGCCACCCUUUCAUAUUUAGUUGCCUUCGUUCUCGCAUGGUAAUCGUCGAGUCAUUUUUGGCUUCUUGUGUAGUUCUCGGCACGUUCUGUAGGCCAGUUUCAAGGCUGCCACUCGUGUCUCGUGGCAUCUUAGUUGUAGUUGGAGCAAAGGUUUGCCUUGGAUCAGGUUUUAGGGUUAUCACACCUUCAUGUAACAUUCAUUAUUCUAUCGAAUUAUCUCUCUCCUGCUUUGAAAAUCAUUUGCGUUCGUGCGCCUAAGUUUGAAGCAGUCUUUUCCUCUACCAGUUCAUAACUUGGUUUCAGAGCUUUAGACUCAUUUUCAUGCUAGUCGGCUUUGCGCCAUUUUGAUGUGAUGGACUGCAGUGACGAUGUUUGUUUAGGUCAGCUAGUGCAGCAGCUCUGGCAUGGUGGUUACCUUUAGGAUUUCAGUUCUUUCCUUGUUUUUUGCUGAACGUGCAUUCAGUGCCUUUAAGUGACAGCUUUUGCUCUGCUGUUCAGUUAAUAUGGCUUUGUCUAAUCCUCGCCAUUUUUUUUUUCUUUUUUUGUUCCUCCCGUGCUCUUUUCACCAAAUGAAUUUUUUGUCUUGCUUGGCAAGGUGUGUAAAUAGUUUAUUUUUUUUUGUUUUUUCUGCGCGAAAUAAAACUUCUGAACAGUAUGCAACAUGUUACACAUGCAAAAGACACACACAGUGUGCAUGGUAUGGAUCUUGCAACUGCAAAAGAGGCAAAAAAAAAAAGAA